UACUUAAGAGGCGCCGGAGCCGCCGCCUCCGCCUCAUUGCGUUACUUACCUCGACUCUUAGCUGUCGGGAACGGUAACCGGGACCCGGUGUUCUGCUUCUGUCACCCUCGCCUUCUAACCCGUAGCUACCAUGCGUGAGUGCAUCUCCAUCCACGUUGGCCAGGCUGGUGUCCAGAUCGGCAAUGCCUGCUGGGAACUCUACUGCCUGGAACAUGGCAUCCAGCCUGACGGCCAGAUGCCGAGUGACAAGACCAUUGGGGGAGGAGAUGACUCCUUCAACACCUUCUUCAGUGAGACAGGCGCUGGCAAGCAUGUGCCCAGGGCCGUGUUCGUAGACCUGGAACCCACGGUUAUCGAUGAAGUUCGCACUGGGACCUACCGCCAGCUCUUCCACCCUGAGCAGCUCAUCACAGGCAAGGAAGAUGCUGCCAAUAACUAUGCCCGGGGCCACUACACCAUUGGCAAGGAGAUCAUUGACCUUGUCUUGGACCGAAUCCGCAAGCUGGCUGACCAGUGCACAGGUCUUCAGGGCUUCUUGGUUUUCCACAGCUUUGGCGGGGGUACUGGCUCUGGGUUCACCUCCCUGCUGAUGGAGCGGCUCUCUGUUGAUUAUGGAAAGAAGUCCAAGCUGGAGUUCUCCAUCUACCCAGCCCCCCAGGUUUCCACUGCUGUGGUUGAGCCCUACAAUUCCAUCCUCACCACCCACACCACCCUGGAGCACUCUGAUUGUGCCUUCAUGGUAGACAACGAGGCCAUCUAUGACAUCUGUCGUAGAAACCUCGACAUUGAGCGCCCAACCUACACUAACCUUAACCGCCUUAUUAGCCAGAUUGUGUCUUCCAUCACUGCUUCCCUCAGAUUUGAUGGGGCCCUGAAUGUUGACCUGACAGAAUUCCAGACCAACCUGGUGCCCUACCCUCGCAUCCACUUCCCUCUGGCCACCUAUGCCCCUGUCAUCUCUGCUGAGAAAGCCUACCAUGAGCAGCUUUCUGUAGCAGAGAUCACCAAUGCCUGCUUUGAGCCAGCCAACCAGAUGGUGAAAUGCGACCCUCGCCAUGGUAAAUACAUGGCCUGCUGCCUGCUGUACCGUGGUGAUGUGGUUCCCAAAGAUGUCAAUGCUGCCAUUGCCACCAUCAAGACCAAGCGCAGUAUCCAGUUUGUAGAUUGGUGCCCCACUGGUUUCAAGGUUGGCAUUAAUUACCAGCCUCCCACUGUGGUACCUGGUGGAGAUCUGGCCAAGGUCCAGAGGGCUGUGUGCAUGCUGAGCAACACCACAGCCAUUGCUGAGGCCUGGGCUCGCCUAGAUCACAAGUUUGAUCUGAUGUAUGCCAAGCGUGCCUUUGUGCACUGGUAUGUGGGUGAGGGCAUGGAGGAGGGGGAGUUCUCUGAGGCCCGUGAGGACAUGGCUGCCCUGGAGAAGGAUUAUGAGGAAGUGGGUGUGGAUUCUGUUGAAGGAGAGGGUGAGGAAGAAGGAGAGGAAUACUAAUCCAUCCUGUAAACCCCUGGAUCAUGUCAAACUCCCAGAACUUCAACCUUAGCUGACAGGCAGCACUGAUGCUUCUGAUUGUGUUACCUUUCAAUUCUGUGAUCAUGUCUUCUCCAUGUGUCCCUGUAUGUGUUUUCCAUGAUGUCUCAAAGUAAAAGCUUUAAGAAAA